AACAUGCCGGAGAGAAUCAGCAUAUCGGACUUUGUGGUUCUGACCAAUGAGGAUCUUUCGUCACCGGCCACGUCCACCUUUCAAGCCAAAAUGAACGACUGUCGGAGCACAGUGUCUGCCGUGGAGGAGUGUCUGGAGAUGGAUCACCUGACCUUACAAAAGAUGAAGAAAAUGAUCAAAGCCAUUCACAACUCCGGAACCACUCACAUGGAAGCCAAGGAGCAGUAUACGGAGGUCCUGGAGAAGCUGGGCAACAGCCAUAUGAGCCAAGACAACAACGAGGUCUCCAAGGGCUUUCUCAACCUGGCCGUGUUCACCCGAGAAGUCACGGCCCUGCUCAAGAAUCUGGUGCAGAACCUCAACAACAUCAUGGCCUUCCCUCUGGAAAAUGUGCUGAAAGCGGAGCUGCGCGACAGCAGAUUGGAGCUGAAGAAACAGAUGGAGAGGAGCUGGAAGGAGUACGACUUAAAAAUAGUGAAACUAGAGAAAGAGCGCAAGGAGAAAAGCAGGCAAGUCAUCCGGUCGGAGGGAUCAGACGGAGGGGAGGAUAUGGAGCGAGAAAGGAGGACCUUCCAGCUGCAGAUGUGUGAGUACUUAUUGAAGAUCGAGGAACUAAAGGUCCGUCAAGGUCCAGAUCUCCUCCAAAGCCUCAUAAAGUUCUUCCAGGCCCAGCUCAGUUUCUUUCAGGAUGGUCUUAAAGCUGCUGAAAAUCUCGCUCCCUUUGUGGAGAAACUGGCUUCCUCGGUUCACACGGUACGACUAGACCAGGAUGAGGAAGUCAGAAAGCUGACUCAACUAAGAGAUUCUCUUCGAUUGCUCCUUCAAGUGGAUGGCAAAGAGGAAUACCUAAAUAGGAAGAACUCUGGCAAUGGCUACAGCAUCCACCAGCCGCAGGGCAACAAGCAGUACGGGACAGAGAAGUCAGGUUUCUUGCUGAAAAAGAGUGAUGGGAUCAGAAAAGUGUGGCAGAAAAGGAAAUGUGGAGUCAAAUUUGGCUGUUUAACCAUCUCUCAUAGUACGAUCAACCGACCACCGGCCAAGCUAAACCUCUUGACCUGUCAGGUGCGACCGAACCCGGAGGACCGCAGAGCCUUUGACCUGGUUACUCAUAACCGAACAUACCAUUUCCAGACAGAAGACGAGCAGGAAUGUGUGAUUUGGGUGUCAGUGCUGCAAAACAGCAAGGAGGAGGCCCUGAACACAGCACUGGGUGGAGACCAGCUUCAUCUUCAAGACAGUGGACUACAAGAGCUUUCCAGAGCUAUCAUUGGCGAACUGCGCCAAAUGCCCGGCAACGAGGCCUGCGCUGACUGUGGAGCGCCAGAUCCAACAUGGCUGUCCACUAAUCUCGGAAUCCUGACCUGCAUUGAGUGCUCUGGGAUCCACAGAGAACUGGGUGUCCACUACUCCAGGAUUCAGUCACUGACUCUGGACCUGCUGAGCACUUCCGAGUUACUGUUGGCUGUCAGCAUUGGCAACACAAGAUUCAACGACAUUAUGGAGGCGGGUCUUCCUAGUGAUGCUGUAAAACCUUUACCACAAAGUGACAUGAAUGCCAGAAAGGAGUACAUUGUCGCCAAAUACGCUGAGCGCCGCUAUGUCCUGCGAAGGGAGACGACGGAAGCCGGCCAGCUGUGCGACGCCGUCAAGAGUCGAGACAUGACGUCUUUGCUGCAGCUCUUCGCCGAGGGGGCGGACCUCGCCAAACCGCUGUCCAUGUCUGACGGACAGGGUCUGAAAGAAACCUCUCUGCAUCUGGCUGUGCGCCUGGAAGAAAGAAGCUCUUUGGCCAUAGUGGACUUCCUGUGCCAAAACAGCAACUGCCUGGAGAAAAGGACAGCAGAAGGCAACACUGCUCUGCACUAUAGUGUCAUCCAUCACAAGCCCGAGUCACUUAAGCUACUUCUUAAAGCCAAAGCCACUCUUCACAUAGUGAACUCUGCAGGAGAAACUGCCCUUGAUAUCGCCAGGAGGUUGCAGCACACACAAUGUGUUGAGCUGUUGGAGCUGGCCCACAAUGGGAAAUUUAACUCUCAGAUUCAUGUCGAGUUCAUGUGGGACACUCAAGCUCAGGAGAUCUAUGACAGUGAGGACGACUUGGACGACAGGGUGAGUCCGCUACCUAAGAACCGCUCUCCUGUGUCCUCCAACGGAGGCGUGGGAGCGCGCUGGAGUGUUGUGAGCAGCGCGGGCGGUAACCCGGGCAGCAGACCUUGUCAGACCUAUGAGAACAUAGAGUUCCUCUACCGAAAUCCCCAGGCCAACAGCGCCCCCUCUGGCGUAGGUGUGCCACCUCCACUUCCUGCUAAAUCCAUUCCAAAAGGCCGCUCCGACCCUCAGCUCUCGGUCACAAUGCCGGAAGUCAACCCCCAGCUUCCCCGACGCGCUUCGAACCCGUCCACCAACACGCCUGCUUCCCAGACACAAGCCAGACAGAGCCCUCCAUCGCCCAGCAUUGAGAAUCAGGCCUCGAGUGGAAAAGCACACAAGACAAACAUGCUGAGGCCCAAUAGACAUUCCGGGGAAGUGCAAACCGCCACUGGGUCCCCCUCGCAAAGCGCUGCCGUGUCCUCUCAUAAUCACAUUGGGCCUGUCAGUUCGGAGAAGACCACAUCUUAUCGUCGCACCAACAGUGGAGGAUGCAACCAGGCCAAGUGCCCCGUGUUGUCUCCCACCAACAACCAGGAAGAACAAUAUUGUACUUUGGGGGGAAAUUGUGCCGGCCUUGGCCCUAUACCUGCUACUGUUGCACCCUCUUCUUCAACGGGCGUUACCCCUGCCCUGCGACCACGCCGAAAUGCUAUGGUUUCGGGCAACAGGCACCAUCAGAAGCGGGUGAAAGCGUUAGUGGACGGCAGACCGGCCAAUUCAGAGCAGCUGAGCUUUUUCAAAGAUGAGACCAUCGUGGUCACUGCCUCUACUGACCCCCAUUGGUGGGUCGGUUACAUAGAAGGAGAGCCCUCCAGGAGCGGGACCUUCCCUAUCAACUACGUCCAAAAAUUGGCAGAUUAA